AUGGCAACCGAGACGCCACCCGCCACGGCCGCCACGGCCGCCACGGCCAUCGCUCCCCAGGUGUUCCACUGGGACGAGGAGCGCCACGACAUAGUUAGGUUCGAGCACCGGAAGUUGAUCUAUGAAGAGAUAGAGCCUGACGCUACCUUGGCAUCCCGUUAUGCGCCUCCGUACAAGCGCCGUACCGUCGCCGUCGCCGCCGGCUCCCUGAGCCACUUCUUCGAUGACACCUACGGAUUCAGUCGCGCCCGCGCGCUCAUGGACUCCGGCCGCUACGGGCCUGAGCGGUUCGAGACUCGAUUUCAAAUGGUGUUGCCGACGGCCUUGCCCCCCCCCGGUCCAGGCGGCCGCGCCAUCGUCGACUUCGCCAACCGUCGCACCGCCAUCAUCCAGUCGAGAGUUGCGAAGCCGGGCUCGAGUAUCCAGGACUUCGUUGAGAGCGGUGACCAGCAGGAUAUUAAGAACCAGAGACAUGUCCUGUUAUACGAGCUGCCCCCAACCGCCGCUGAGCUCAGAGCUUGGGCUGAGUGGGAUAAGAACCUCCCUAUUAUGCAGGCGAAGUACGAGGAGUGGCAAGAGGCGCGCACGGUGCGCAUCAACUCGUGGCAACUUAUGGAGAUAUGUGACAAUUGGAGUGGGUCAGAGAGCGACAGCGAUGCCGAUACCAAGAGCGAUGCGGAGCCAAAGGGCGACACUGAAAUGGAAGACGUGAUCAAGGGGGAGGGCGAUACUGAGAUGGAAGACGAGACCGAGGAGGAUAGCAAGGCCGCGUCCGAGGACGAAGACUAG